GUUAGCAGGAACACACACACAAUUGCUGCAUGCAGGCUGACGCAUACGUUGAGCGGACACCGGUUCCUUAUUGAAUCAGGCGAAGGGGGACCAAACCAUGGACCUUUUCGAGUUUGACUUCUUUAGGGACUGGGAAUUGGAGCAACCGUGUCAUUAUGAGCAGGACCGCAGUGCGCUCAAGAAGAAAGAGUGGGAGCGGAGGACACAGGAAGUACCGCAAGAUGAAGAUUUGUUCUCCUCCGGCUUUAAUCUGUUCGGGGAGCCAUACAAGACUAACAAAGGUGAUGCCCUGGCUAACCGGGUCCAGAACACGUUAGGCAACUACGACGAGAUGAAGGAGCUGCUGACCAACCACUCCAACCAGAGCCACCUGGUGGGCAUCCCCAAGAACUCCGUCCCUCAGACACCUCUGGAAAAGUCAGACCAGCCUAACUUCUUCUCUGAAGGCCAGAGGGGCAGGAUGCCCCCCUCCCAACAGAGUGCACCCCCCAUGCCCCCUCCCCCGUCCACCUCCAUAUCCGGCGCCACCCUGAUGCAUGGCCACCAGGGGUCCAAGAAGUCCCGCUCUUCUGAUUGGUCGAGGGCAGGGCAUGGCUCUGCUGGGGGUCAGUCGAGCCAGGGGGGUGGCCCUGCAUGCGGUAGGGGAAAGCACGGGGUGCCCACCCACGAGCCACCCCAGAGCAGACAUGAGGACCUAUUUGGCGGUCAGGGGGAUGUCCACAAAGGGGAGUCCAGCCCUGCCAGUGCCGCAUCAUCUACCCACUCCAGGAGGCAUGGGCAACCUGCCAAGGCCGCGGCCUCCUCCGAACACGCGUACAAGGAAAGCAAGUCCCCCAUGGAGCAGGACCUGGGCGCUCACGUGACUGGCUCCCCGGUGGCCUCCACGUCACUGCUGCCCAGUGGGCUUUCUACACCCACCUUCCCCCAGGGCCUGCACUGCAAGCCCAGCGCCAUCCAGCAGAAGCCCACGGCCUACGUCAGGCCCAUGGACGGGCAGGACCAGGUCCCCAACGACUCACCAGAGCUCAAGCCCCCCGUGGAGAUCGGGGAUGGGUACAGCAACCCCGCUUUUGGGGGCCUGAUAGACAGCAAGGCCAACGGCACCGCCACCAAGAGCAAGCUGCCGAAGCUGACCCUGCCGCAGUCUGGAGAGGUCGGCCUGUCGAACGACACUAGCUGUGUGGAGGAGAUUCUACGGGAAAUGACCCACUCCUGGCCACCUCCCCUGACUGCUAUCCAUACACCAGGCAAAGCAGAGCAAACAAAGUUCCCCAUCCCUUCCAAGGACUCUCAACAUUUAACCUCAGGAUACAACGGGCAAAAACGGUGUAAUGUUUCUGGGAGCAAGACUGCGACCAAGGCUGUGCCACAGAAGUCAAUGCUAGAGGAUGACCUGAAACUCAGCAGUGACGAAGAUGAGAGUGAACAGGCUUCAGAGAAGAACAAGACGAGAAGUACACCUCUCAACAUCCCCGGGCCCGCCGCUCGGGCCAGUGAGCCGGGUCACUCCAGCGGCGCCUCAGGCAGCUCCAGCGAAUCGGAGAGCAGCUCAGAAUCGGACUCCGACAGCGAGAGCAGCUCCAGCGACAGCGAGUGCAACGGGGCGUCCCGCACCGCCACCCCAGAGCCUGAACCUCCGUCUACAAACAAGUGGCAACUGGACAAGUGGCUUAACAAAGUGAACCCACACAACAAGGCCCUGAUCAACACCCAGCCAGAGAGCCAUGGACUCAGCAGCUCCCAGCCUGAGGACAGCCAGGCUGCCGAGGGCCAGGGUGUGGGCAAAGGCAAGCCUGGCGUGGCGCUGGCGCAAGCCGAUCCCAAGGACCGAGCACUACUCAGUCCCAUCCGCGAGAAAGCCAAACCCAGGACGGGCCAGAAGGUCUCUGAGGGAAAGAGCACCAAAGUCAAGUCCCCGGCCACUGCGGAGCAGGCUCCGGCCAGGAGAAGCACAGGGAAGAAGCAGCCCAAGAAGGUGGAGCGGUCCUCCAGUGUGGAGGACCAAAACUGGCCCAAACCUGGCAACCCUGGUUCCACCCCCAAGGAGAAGGAGCCCCCGCCCCUGGACCCACCCAAAGCCAGGGGCAAAGGCACCAGUGGCAAAACCGCCCCCAGGAAGGAGCCCCGUCCCACUUCCACACCCGCUCCCGCCCAGGACAAGAAGAAACACCGCGGGCCCAGCAAGAUCAUCCCCAAAUCCAAGGAGUUUAUUGAGACAGAGUCCUCGUCCUCUGAGUGCCACUCUGACCCAGAGGAGCUAGCGAAGGUCCCGCCCCCUUGCCCAGGCCCCGGCAGUCUGGGCGUUCUCAAAUCCAAGGACUGCAACAGCAAUAUCCUGAGUGUCAGCAGCCUGGCCAGCACGAGCAGCACGUCCAUACCAGAUCCGGGGGUCGGGGACCUCCUGGAAGAGCCCAUCUUUUCCCCCAUCCCUAUGGUCCAGAACGAGCUGCUGUCACCGCUCAGGGACCUGGAUGAGAUCAAGUCACUGUGGGUCAAGAUCGAACUGAGCUUUUUGUCCCGGGUCCCUGGGCUGGACCCCCCUGAGCCACCCCCGGCAAAGGCAGAACCCCGGGACACUGGCAAGCACAGGCGGCAGUCCCCAGCUUCCACCCCUGCCGAAAAACCGGCCAGCAAAUCCAAGAGGAAACACAAGUCGGAGAACUGUGAUGCCGUCAGUGGGAACAAGAAGCUUCGGAUGGAGAAAGAGAUGGUGCUUCUCCCCCCCUGCAUAUCCCCCAUUCACAGCCACAAGACCACCAGCGCAAAAGACUCGUCCAAGAAGCAGCCCAGAAGGCGAGAGGACAAGGUCCUCCCCCCUCUCCUGUCCCCUCUCUCCGACGAGCCGGUCCGUCAGCGCAGGAGCAGCGAGUGCAGUUCCUUCAGCCAGGAGGGCGGCGCCAGCGUGUCCAGCACCUUGACCCCCGGCUGCUCCUUCCCUCCGUCCUCUUCCUCGUCGUCGUCCUCUUCCUCACACAAGCACCGCAAAGCGGACAGCAAAUCGGCCGCACAUUCCAAGGAAGACGAUGCCCACAGCAAGCCUUCCAGCAGUUUCCAUGGCAACAAUCAGCCUGACCCAGACCUUUGGUCCACCCCGUCGUCAACGUCAAUGGACAAUUUGGAACCCAGGAGGCCCAAGCUGAUGUUCAAUGACACAUUGCAUAAUGCAGACUACUACAUGCAGGAGGCCAAGAAGUUAAAGCACAAAGCAGAUGCACUGCAGGAUAAGUUUGGCAAAGCCGUGAACUACGCCGACGGCGCCCUCUCCUUCAUCGAAUGCGGGAAUGCCAUGGAGCGGGACCCCUUAGAGGCCAAGUCUCCGUACACGAUGUACUCGGAAACCGUGGAGCUCAUCAGGUACGCAAUGAGGUUAAAGAACUUCACCAGUCAUUCAGCAACAGUGGCCGAGAAGAAAUUAGCUGUUUUGUGCUAUCGAUGUCUGUCGCUUCUAUACUUGAGAAUGUUUAAACUGAAAAAGGACCAUGCAAUGAAGUAUUCCCGCUCAUUGAUGGAAUAUUUCAAGAACUCUGCAAAAAGUUCACAAGCACCUUCACCGUGGGGAUCCAAUGGAAAGAGCGCUGGUACCCCUUCUCCCAUGUCCCUGAGCCCGUCCCCGGUCAGCUCAGCCAGCAGCAGCAACGGCAGCGUGGCCAUUCCCCAGCGCAUCCACCACAUGGCCGCCAGCCACGUCAACAUCACCAAUAACAUCCUGCGCAGCUACGAGCACUGGGACACUGCCGACAAACUGUCGCGUGAGAGCCAAGAGUUCUUUCAGGAGCUGGACUCUGUGAUGGAGCCGUUGACCCAGCAGAGCAGUAUGACAGAACUGGUGCGCUACAUACGGCAGGGGCUACACUGGCUGCGGAUAGAGGCCCACUUGCUAUAGUGCCACGGCCGCCGCCGCACUCCGUCUCUCACGUCUCCAUCACUACCUCUACCAGCAUCUCCAUCUCCACCCAUUCCACCGUAAGGACCUUUCCCUACCCCCGCCCCACCCCUCGCCAGCAAGACCAACUCCAAGGCCUUCUCAUUUACAGCACACAUACGCGUUCUGUUUCGUUUGCUUCCAAGUUCCCACUGGAUUUUAAGGAAUGUUGAAAUUCCAGGAAAUGAGCGACAAAGUGUUUUUUUUUUUGUUUUUUUUUUUAACACUACGAUCCUGCAAGGGGAAGCUACCAGUAUUGUGGAUGAACCUUGAG